GUGAGCACGAUUCCCACAUAUAUUCCAUCGGAGAGGAAUUUUGAAUUGACUCGAUGCCCCAGAAACGCUGUCUUUCUUGGCUUGGUUUGAAUCCCCGGAAAACAUUCAUGGAACCGCUUGCGUAACGAAAACCUUCUUGUCAUUUGUGCUGGCAUUCCUGACGCUGAUCAUCGGCCCCACAAUGCAGACUGGUCUUUCAGCUAUAACUCCUUUCCGGUGUGAUCAUGGAGCGUUGGUGCGACCAUUCCACUUACGGUUUGGAGGAGGACAAUGGAAAUCGAUCCAGUACACUAGAAGGUGGUGAAUCGGAACGACCCAGCAUAUCAGAGGGUGCAGAAUCGGAACAUUUUCCGUUCUUUCACGAUACCUUGACUUUUGCAAGAAUCACGGAGGGGAUGGGACAUAUAUUACCUUACGCUUCCCAAUCUGGACAGGUAGCAGGAGAAGAACAAAGCGCGUAUUCUCUAUCCCCAUACGUCCCGUAUCCUCCACGUAAUUACGUACGGAGAGAUUGCGAGGAAGACGACGUCGGGAGAAGACCUAGGGUUCGACGAUGCCUGGAUUUAAACAAAGGAGUGAACCUCACUAGUCCCAAGCGCUUCAGUAUUUCGCAAGACCCAUUUCUAUCAAAAAAUCAUCCAUCGUCUCUUUCGGACGGCGAAGAGACAAGUCAGCAUUCGAGAAAAGCAGCAGGCAUUGCUUUGGAAGAGGACGCGGUAGGAGAUAUCUUUUCGAGCCGCAGCAUUCGUGCUCAAUACGGGUCUGAUCCGAUGCAAAUGAAAGUUCGAUCCCCCCGAUAUCUUCCAGAGCCGAAAUCUCCACUGGUACACUCACAGCAUUCAACUCCGUCAUCACAUCGUCAUCCUGGAAGUCACCUCUACCAAAGCCCAGGUUUUUCAGGGAACUUUGCAUACUCUUCCUAUCAAAUGGCCUCUCCCCACAGCUAUUUCCAGAGACGAUAUCCCAUGGUAGCUUCGCAUCCUUUCAGUGACAACACAGGCACGCCAGGUAUUUUCAUGUCCCAAUUGCCAUGUCCUGUUUACUCGCCACCGCAAUACCCUCCACAACCAUUUAUACCCCAACAAUCUGUUCACAGCGACACUCCUGUAGAUGCCAAUAGGAUGGAUAAUUCUGGUUGCACGGCCACGGGAUCAUCUCCAAAUAGGACUCUUCCUUUCCCAAACCCGAGCUUGAGCCUAGCUAUUCCACCUUCCCCUAUACGAUUGCGCCAGAAACCGCCCGGUAAAUUGAAUCCGGUGCGUCGAUCCGCCCGUUCAGAAUCCAAAAUCCGGGAAGUGCGGACCCGGACGAGCUCUGGCGAAUCGACGUCGCAAGCUGCGGGCUUGUGCGCAGCGGAAGUGGCGACGGCAGGUAGUGUGCGGGCGAAGGCAGCUAUUGUGACAUGGUACGAUCGACUGGACGAUUUACGUCGGUUCCGGAAAGAGUUUGGCGAUUGCAACGUGCCUCAAAAAUAUGAACCAAAUCGAGCUCUGGGUAUUUGGGUCAACAAGCAGCGGAUGGAAAAGAAGAAGCUCGACAGGGGCGAACGAUCAUCCAUGACUACGGAACGACUGCAGGCGCUGCAGAGCGUCGGGUUUCAGUGGGCCAAGCUUAAGGGCGAUGUUUCUUGGAACCAGAAGUACACAGAAUUGCUGGAAUACAGAUCCGUGUUCGGUGACUGUAACGUGCCUACCAAGUACCGCACCAAUCCGGCGCUGGGACGCUGGGUUUCGACUCAGCGAUCGCAAUUCAAAGAAUUCCAGGCCGGUCUGGUAACGCAUAUAACUGAUCAGCGAAUUUCCCACCUGGAGAAGAUAGGCUUUCGGUGGAGCAUGAUGGAGGAGGAGGAAGAGAACAACUGCACAAAUGAAAAUUCGCUGAGGGAUGGUAGCGAAGCAGAUGCCAUCUUUUCAAGGUCAAUGCGAGUGGAGAAAGUAAAGCGUUGGCAAUACGACAAAUCCAGAACAAGUACCCGCCACUCUUCCAUCAAUCGGGUUACUAGUGUGUGA